GGAAAACUUGAAUGCAACAACAUGUGAUGUUCUCAAUCAAUUAGAGCCUUUCACCUCUUAAUUUUUCACACCUACUUAUCUUCUCAACCAAUCACAAUCUUUUCCUAUUUAUUUUUACCUACUUUUUUAUAAUAACUAUGUUCUAACCUAAAUUUUUUUGUAUUUUUGGAUGAAUGUAGUAAGAAUUUAUCAAAAAGUCGCCUCGCCUUCCCCACCCCCACCAAAAAAAACAAAUAAAAUAAAAUAGAUGGGUGCUUUCCCAAUUGUAAGAAUCAAAUCUCUUCCCCACUUUCUGAAUCACGCCAUAUAACUACUUUCCAACUUUUCCUGUAUCAAUUGUCAUGCCGAAAUAAGUUAUAGGAAACUUCCCACUUUGUAGCUCAGCAUAUCAGCCACUCUUUCUUCUCUCUUUAUCAACUCUUACCACAAAAACCUUUUUUGCAGUUUCAUUUCAGACAAAGCAAAUUAAAGAGCAGAAAUUUCAAGGCCAUGAAGUUUUUGUCAAUGACUUUAGCAACAAAACUGUAUCAUCAGAGAGACAGAGACAGAGACAACUAUAUAUAUUAGAUAUACGCCCCCAUCAACUCUACUCCCGCAGUGUGCGCACGGUGGAACCAAGAUAAGAUGCAAGCGCAGGACAUGAAGAACGUCUUCUGCAUGAAGGGUGGGCAAGGGGAGUCCAGUUACCUCAAAAACAGUAAAGUUCAGUUUAGAAACCUGCAAAUGAUGCUGCGUGCCCUGGAGGAGACACUGGACAAGGUCGUGCUCCCACACCACGGGCCGGGGAGGCUUCUGCUGACGGCGGCUGACCUCGGCUGCUCAUGCGGCCGCAACACGCUCGUCGUCGCCGAUGCGAUCGUGCAGCACAUGACCAAGCUCUGUCGUCGUCGCGGCAAGGGCGAGCAUGGUGACGACGCCGCGGCUGAUCCGGAGUUCUGCUUCUACUUCUCCGACCUACCGAGCAACGACUUCAACACCCUCUUCGGCCUCCUCCCGCACCGCGGCGCCGCUUCCUCCGGCGAAGGCGGCCGUGGGCGGCGGCACUACUUCGCCGCCGCCGUGCCUGGCUCGUUCCAUGACCGUCUGUUCCCGGAGCGAUCUAUCGACGUGUUCACCUCCACCUUCUGCCUGCACUGGCUCUCUCAGGUGCCGGAAGAAGUCGCCGACAAGUGGUCGCCGGCGUACAACAAGGAGAAGGUGUUCGUCCACGGCGGCUCGGAGGAAACCGGCGCGGCGUACAGGCGGCAGUUCCAGUCCGACAUGGCGCGCUUCCUGCGCUGCCGCGCCGCGGAGCUGAAGCCCGGUGGCGCCAUGUUCCUGGUCUUCCUCGGCCGCCCGUCGUCCGCCGGCCCGACCGACCAAGGCCGCAGCCUGAGCCAGUUCGGCGCCAUGUUCGAGGAGUCGUGGCGCGACCUCGUCGGCGAGGGGUUGAUCGACGGCGAGAGGAUGGACAGCUUCAACGUCCCGUCGUACGCCGCGACGCUGGAGGAGUUCAGGGAGGUCGUCGACGCCGACGGCUCGUUCGAGGUCAACCGGCUGGAGCUCGUGAUGGGAAGCCCUCUCGCCGUGGACGACGACGACGACGACUCCCACGACCGCCGCGCGGUCGGGCGCACGGUGGCGAACAACCAGCGAUCGGUCUUCGGUCCGCUCGUCGAAGCGCACAUCGGCAAGGAGCUCGCCGACGAGCUGUUCGUCCGGGUGCAGAGCCGCGCAGAAGCGCUCGACGACGAGCUCGUGGACGAGAUGCGGGUCCACAUCCACAUCGUCUGCUCGCUUUCACUUGUGUGACGAUACUUAAAUCGUACACUGUCCUAAUGAAAAAAGAAUAAUCAAAUUCCGGGUACAAUAAUUUAAUUAAGGUUAUAUUUGGCA